GUAGUCCAACAGCUUCUGCGGGCAAGAAGUGGACUGUACCGUGGAUUUCAGAGCAUCAGAGGUUAUUACCACGGUUCAUAUGGGAAGAAUACCGAAGCGAAAUAGGGUUCCACCUGUUUGAAUAAAUCUGCGGGAUCUGAAAGAAGUUCUGAUGCUGAGAUAGUGGUGAGAUCUACUUCUUCAUAGAUCCGAAUCCCUGAUCAGUCCAUGGAACCUUUGUGACUGCAGCAUUUAGUUCCACGUCGUCAAGAUGAUCACCACCCAGAGAUUAUAGUUCAUCCUUCCUCCAUUGGAGGGCCACUGUUAAGAGGGGAGGGGGAGGAUAAAGGAGCCUCCUGUCGUCAGAGAAAGAGCUUCAGAGCCUGCUGGUGAAAGCAAAGGGAACCAUGUAGUGUCUUUUUCUCCACUCAGGGGGGAGGGUAGAUUUGAGUUUAGUUUUUUUCCCCAUUGAUUUUAGUGUAAAAGUGUUUUAUGUGAGCCAGAGAAGAGAUGGUCCUCCACACCUCUCCCUACUCUAGUGCCUUCCUACGGUGCCUCAGCAGCCUGUCAUGGGGCUUCAUCUUCCCCUGCUACUGGCUGCUGGACCGCCUGCUGUCCUCCUGCGUGGCAACCUCUCUGGAGAAGCGUCGGCGCUCCCAGGACCCCUGCUCCUUCGUGACUCUGUAUGUACUGGUGUCCACCCCGCUCUACCUGUUGCUCCUCCUGGCCUCGCUGCCCUUCGCACUGCUGGGCUUCCUGCUGUGGGCUACCCUGCAGGCGGCCCGCCAUCCCUAUCUCUACACCCACCGCCGCCCAGACAAGCACCAGGCCGAGCAGGGGUGUGUGGCGUCACUGGCCGACUGGAGGCCGCAGGGCCGCAGCUUCUGCUUCGGCAGUUCCAACGUGUGCCUACUGCCAGACUCCCUGGCACGCUUCAACAACCUGUCUGAGACCCAGCGCCGUGCCAGCGAGGUGGGCAAGCGCAUCCGUAACGGGGCCAGCCGGCCGCAGAUCAAGAUAUACAUCGACUCCCCCACCAACACCUCCAUCAGCGCAACCUCCUUCAGCAGCCUGGUCACAGGGUUCCGACGGACAUCCUCCCUGGGCCAGCGGCCCGACAACACACCCGAGGCCGAGACCGAACCCGUAACCGACUGCCCAAUACACACUGCAGGUUCAGACUGCCCAAUACACACCACAGGUCCAAACUGCCCCAUACACACUGCAGGUGCUGACUGCCCCAUACACUCAAAAGGGGACCAGGGCUCCUCAGAUUGUCCCGUCCAUGUAGCUGGUGGAGAGGACACACCAGAGUGCCCCCUUCACACUGCUGGUUCUCAGAACAACUCUGACAGUCCACUGCACACCACAGGGGCCCAGAACUCCCCAGAUUGCCCCAUGCAUGCCUCAGGGGUCCAGAUCAGUAUCAGUGCCCCAGAGCCAGACCCCCCAGAGGCCGGGACAGGGAGUCACCAAGGGGAAGGUGAUGCAGAGAGCCUGACAGGGGGGGUGUCUUCUAACAACACCCUGUCCCACCGCACCUCCAUGUUCAAGAAGCACACGGGUCGCAAGCGGCGCCAAGGCGACGACGGAUUCGACCAUGAGAUCUCUGCCUUCUUCCCUGCCAACCUGGACUUCCUGUGUCUGCAGGAAGUGUUUGACCACCGGGCCAUGUCCAGGCUGAGGCAGCAGUUGCACCACUACUUCCCCUACAUCCUGAGUGAUGUGGGCCGCUACGCCUGGAAGGGCUGCUGCUCCCGCUUCAAGUUCCUGAACAGCGGCGUCAUGAUGGCCAGCCGCUAUCCCAUACUGGACGCCCACUACGAGUGCUACCCCAACGGGCGAGGGGAAGACGCCCUCGCAGCGAAAGGAGUCCUCUUUGUCAAGGUGCAGGUAGGCACCUCCCAUCAGGAGCAAAGAGUUGUGGGAUAUCUCACCUGCACUCAUCUGCAUGCCAUUGAAGGAGAUGCAGCUGUGCGUUGUGAGCAGUUGGAUCUGCUCUUGGUGUGGGGGGCAGAGUUCCGCAAGAUGACGUCCCGCCCCUCGGAGGAGAAGGGUCUGGAGGACCAGGUGGCCUUUGAUGUUGUCCUCGGCGACCUCAAUUUCGACAACUGCUCCUCAGAGGAUAAACUGGAGCAGCAGCAUGCCGUCUUCACCCAGUACAAAGACCCAUGUCGCCUGGGGCCAGGGGAGGACAAGCCUUGGGCUCUGGGUACACUACUGGACACCAGUGGGCUUUAUGACGAGGAGGUCAGCUCACCAGAAAGUUUACAAAAAGUGAUGGAGAAUGAGGAGGGGAGGAAGGAAUACCUGGUGUUCCCCACCAAUAAAAACCACUGUCCUAAUCAGAAGGGCAGAAAAAUCCCCCUGAAAGGCAAUGGGAGGAGGAUCGACUACAUCCUUUACAGAGAGGAGGUGCAGCAGGACUGGAAAGUGGACAUUGAAGAGUUCAGCUUCAUCACCCAGCUAGCCGGCCUCACUGACCACCUGUCUGUGGCCAUGCGUCUGGCUGUGUCCACGGGAGAGGAGGAACCUUAGAAUGGGGAGGGAAGAGAGAGAGAGAGAGAGAGAGAACGAAAGGGACUCAGGUCUGAGAAAUACAGAGCUUGACAAAGAAAAUAAAGAUGGAUGCAAAGAGGAAGAAAGAGAAGAGCAGAUACAGAGGAAUCAUGUGAUCCAGAUGGAACCUGAUGGAGAGAGAAAGGAGUGGUUGUUGUGUGUGUCAGAGGUCUGGACUGUGCCUAAUGUGGAUCUGAGAGACUGAGCCAAAGACUUAAACACACAGACAGUUUCAGUUUGACUCACGCACCUACAGGCCACCGUACUGUAUCACCUCUGGUCCUCGUGGACUAUCAGCUCCCUGAUGAUGGAGUCCCAAUGAUUGAUUUACUAUAAAUAAUUUCCUGUAUUUAGGGACUAUUUUGUUUUUAGGCCUCAUUUAUGUCUGACCUUUUUAUGUUUUUACUUUUUGGGCUUGGAAGUGUCAAAUCUUUGUUCUUAAUUUCUAUGAUAAAAAAUGGCAACAUUUGUAUGACUCAUGGAAUCUAGAGUGUAGCCUGGCUUUCUAUGGCCCUCUGUGUUUCUCUGUUGGUGUUUGUUCUUGUCAAUUGAAGGAACCUCAGCAAAAAUGUAUUUUUUUCUAACUCUUUCUAAAGGUUUCUAUGGUCACUGCACCAUCUUUGUAGGGAGUUUAAACACCUGCAUUUAAUACUUUACAUUUAUAAUGGAGGAGUUGUAUGAAAACCAACAUCUUUGACUGAAAAGGGAUGUUUUUGGGGCCACCACUUACAGGCAUCUCAUGUUUCAGUGGAGGUUGGUUGGUAGGUUGUUUGGCAGAGCUGAGAAGUGAGGAACACCUGAUAUGAUUAGAUAAGAGGAACAUAGUUAGGAAGGCCUGGGUGGGGAAGUGGGGGGGUUUCUGCAUGGAGAGGGUAAUGAGGAUUUCAGACUUCAAUCCCUCGAUAAGAGACUGUUUAGGUUGGAAGCCUGGUCUCCAGGGUGAUAAGCAUGUUCCCUUGACGAUACAACCUCAAAUACUGCCAAUGCAAUGUUUCUGCAUGAAAUGCCACCCUGCCAAUACCCACAAACACAGACAUUACAGACACAGACGGCACUCCUGCCUGCCUUGUUUGUGAUCACACCUUUUUACUCUCUCACCUGUUCUAGCAGUAUGGUAUUGACUCUGUUGCUAUUGCUGGCUGUAUCACAGGACGAUAAGGGAUGUGCCUAUGUGUGCAGGGCUGGCUUUGGGAUAUGUGAUGACCCCAUGUCCACCUUUAGCAUGGUGCAGUUUUUAUAAAGCUUAUUCCUGGUUGUGGCCACAACAGAGGAGAAUGUUUACACACCUGAUUAUUCGUUUCUGGUCAGUGAGUAAGCCUGGUCAGUCAGAAUAUCUCUGUACUUUACUAGCUAUGUAAGUAUAGUACCAUUCAAAAGUUUGGACAUACCUACCCAUUCAACGAUUUUUCUUUCUUUUUACUAUUUUCUACAUUGUAGAAUAAUAGUGAAUACUUCAAAACUAUAAAAUAACAAAUGAAAUCAUGUAGUAACCAAAAAAGUGUUAAACAAAUCAGAAUAUAUUUUCUAUUUGAGAUUCUUCAAAGUAGCCAUCUUUUCCCUUGACAGCUUUACACACGCUUGGCAUUCUCUCAACCAGCUUCAUGAGGCAGUCACCUGGGAUGCAUUUCAACUUACAUAUGUGCAUUGUUAAAAGUUAAUUUGUUGAAUUUCUUUCUUACUUAAUGCAUUUGAGCCAAUCAGUUGUGUUGUGACAAGGUAGGGGUGGUAUACAGAAGACAGCCCUGUUUGGUUAAAGACCAAGUCCAUAUUAUGAGAAGAACAGCUCAAAUAAGCAAAGAGAAACGACAGUCCAUCAUUACUUGAAGGUAACUCUGGGUCUUCCAUCAUUACAUGAAGGUCAGUCAAUCUGGAACAUUUUAGUCGCAAAAACCAUCUAGUUCUAUGAUGAAACUGGCUCUCAUGAGGACCGCCACAGGAAAGGAAGACCCAGUUACCUCUGCUGCAAAGGAUAAGUUUAUUAGAGUUAACUGCACCUCAGAUUGCAGCCCAAAUAAAUGCUUCACAGAGUUCAAGUAACAGACACAUCUCAACAUCAACUGUUCAGAUGAGCCUGCAUGAAUCAGGUCAAUGAUGGCCAAAUUGCUGCAAAGAAACCACUACUAAAGUACACCAAUAAGAAGAAGAGACUUGCUUGGACCAAGAAACACGAGCAAUGGACAUUAGACCGGUGGAAAUCUGUCCUUUGGUCUGGAGUCCAAAUGUGAAAUUUUUGUUUACAACCACCGUGUCUUUCCGAGACGCAGAGUAGGUGAACAGAAGAUCUCCGCAUGUGUGGUUCCCACCGUGAAGCAUGGAGGAGGAGGUGUGAUGGUGUGGGAGUGCUUUGCUGGUGACACUGUCAGUGAUUUGUUUAGAAUUCAAGGCACACUACCACAGCAUUCUGCAGCAAUACACCAUCCCAUCUGGUUUGUACUUAGUGGGACUAUCAUUUACAACAGGACAAUGACCCAACACACCUCCAGGCUGCGUAAGAGCUAUUUGACCAAGGAGGAGAGUGAUGGGUGCUGCAUCAGAUGACCGGGCCUCCACAAUCACCCGACCUCAACCCAAUUGAGAUGGUUUGGAGUGAAGGAAAACCAGCCGACAAGAGCUCAGGAUAUGUGGAAACUCCUUCAAGACUCUUGGAAAAGCAUUCCAGGUGAAGCUGGUUGAGAGAAUGCCAAGAGUGUGCAAAGCUGUCAUCAAGGCAAAGGUUGGCUACUUUGAAGAAUCUCAAAAAUAAAAUAUAAUUUUAUUUGUUUAACACUUUCUUGGUUACCACAUGAUUCCAUAUGUGCUAUUUCAUAGUUUUGAUGUCUUCACUAUUAUUCUACAAUGUAGAAAAUAGUAAAAAUAAAGAACAAUCCUUGAAUGUGUCAGUGCCUCCAACCUUUUGACUGGUACUAUGUGUACUGUAUGUAUGCCCACCUGGAGUUUCUACUCAUCUAUUAACGUUAUCAGCUGGUUGCUUUUAUACUCUCUAAAGCCUCUUUAUUAUUAUCAUUAUUAUUAUUAUUGGUAGGGUUUAUCUUUUUUAUCGAUCUGCUAGUUUCUUAUUUAGAAUGCUGCAGUUCCCUGGUUUAGUACACAAACUCACAGAGAUAAAAUCCCUGUUGUGCUUGUUUGACUCUCCAAUGCCUCAGCCUCUCUGGGGUUGGGCCUGUGUGAGUCAGGGAUUGGGGGUCAAAGGGCAGGCAGAACUGCUGUAGCUGCAUGCAGUGUGUAAUGGCUUCUAGUCUCUCCACAGAAAAUGCAUCACCUUACUAUUGUUUUGAUUUUGUUUUCUAAAAUAACUGUUACAGAUGGGUUUUAUUUCAUUUUACUGGGAAUUCUGCUUUGGUGUAGCCUUGUUUUCUGAGUGAUGUGGCGGGGAAUUUUCUUCCUCUUUUUAAGCUUCUUCGACAAACAGCUUAUUUUCUUCUGCUUUAAAACAAUUAUUUUCCCCCUUUGAA